GCUGCUCCAGUCGCCCAGGUCUCCACGCAACAAUGAAGCGUGGGCGGCCCCAACGGCUUCAUUUGCAUAUCGCCGCGGCUUGGCCAAUGGGCUGUGCAGGGGCUUUGGAACGCAGUGUUGCCAUCGGCGUGCGCGCGUGUGUGCGAGUGUGACAGCGGCUGUGGCUGUGGCCGUGGCCGUGGGAGGCGGGCUCGGCGGAGCCCAGCCGCGCGGGGACCGGCCCGGGCUCCCGCUCCCCGAGCGUGUCGCGGCCGCGUGGCCCGGCCGAGCCUUAAGACCACCCCGCCCCGGCCGGUCGCAGUCGCGAUGUCGGUGGCCGGGCUGAAGAAGCAGUUCCACAAAGCCAGCCAGGAGCUUUUAAGUGAAUAAGACCAUUUUCCCAAUGAGCAGUGUCAUAGACAUUGAGGACUCUCUUAAAUCAGAAGAUGAAUGAAUGGAUUGAAUCUUUGCUGGGAUAAUAUGCAAACCAGCUAAUAUGUGCCUUACCUGGACUUCCCAACAGUGUACUGUGCACCUGCUGGUUCCCUCACCCAGCACACCUUGGCUCCCAGGAAGCCACACGCUUGACGUUUACCAUGCUUCCUGGGCAUUUCCUCCUACCAUCCCCACCCUGGACAGGGCUGGUGUGGUGUCAGGCCUUAGUGUUGCACAAGCUUUCAGGAUACAGGGUAAGAGGGGAGUUUGACACUUGGAACAAUACUGGACCUAAUAGGAGCCAGACCUUGGAUGGACAGUCACUCUCUGUGAGUUUUUGCACCAUGUCAGCACUAUAAACUCACUGCAGUGGAGUUUCGCACUGACAAGGGUCUUCAGACCUAGGUCACCUCAGAAGCUAUUUAGUGAAAAAAUAAGUGGUGCUGAAGGAACUAAACUAGAUGAUGAAUUUCUUGACAUGGAAAGGAAAAUAGAUGUUACCAAUAAAGCUGUUGCAGAAAUUCUGUCAAAAACCACUGAAUAUCUUCAGCCAAAUCCAGCAUACAGAGCUAAGCUAGGAAUGCUGAACACUGUGUCUAAGAUCCGAGGGCAGGUGAAGACCACAGGAUACCCGCAGACGGAAGGCUUGCUGGGGGACUGUAUGCUGAAAUACGGGAAGGAGCUUGGGGAAGACUCCACCUUUGGCAAUGCAUUGAUAGAAGUUGGUGAAUCCAUGAAGCUAAUGGCUGAGGUGAAAGACUCUCUUGAUAUUAAUGUAAAGCAAACUUUUAUUGAUCCUCUUCAGUUACUACAAGAUAAAGAUUUAAAAGAGAUUGGGCAUCACCUGAAAAAGCUGGAAGGCCGCCGCCUGGAUUACGAUUAUAAAAAGAAACGAGUAGGUAAGAUACCAGACGAAGAAGUCAGACAAGCGGUAGAAAAAUUUGAAGAGUCAAAGGAGUUGGCUGAAAGAAGCAUGUUUAAUUUUUUAGAAAAUGAUGUAGAACAAGUCAGCCAGUUGGCUGUGUUCAUAGAGGCAGCAUUAGACUAUCACAAACAGUCCACAGAGAUUCUGCAGGAGCUGCAGAGCAAGCUACAGAUGCGAAUAUCAGCUACAUCCAGUGUCCCCAAACGAGAAUACAAGCCAAGGCCUGUGAAAAGGAGUGCUAGUGAGCUCAAUGGGGUUUCCACCACCUCUGUAGCGAAGACGACAGGUUCUAACAUUCCCAUGGACCAGCCCUGCUGUCGUGGUCUCUAUGACUUUGAGCCAGAAAACCAAGGAGAAUUAGGAUUUAAAGAAGGGGACAUCAUUACGUUAACCAAUCAAAUAGAUGAAAACUGGUAUGAAGGAAUGAUACACGGGGAAUCCGGAUUCUUCCCCAUUAAUUAUGUUGAAGUGAUCGUGCCUUUACCUCAGUAAAUGUGUAACACACUCUGGACAUACUUUCAUAACUGAAAUGAAUUCACACCAAUGUGCUCUCAGUGUGGUGUUCUGUGACAUCCUUUGCUAUUUGACCAACUUAAUGACUUUUGUAUGUGUGUUCUCUUUAUAAUGUAUUUUGUAUCACUUUAGUUUGUAUAAAUGAUUUUCUUGUCUUUGCUACAUGAAAAUAUUGUUUUCUUUUUUGCUUCUUGUCCUAAAAGUCAUUGGUUAAACAUAUUUGCUUCCUGUUACUAAAAAUAAGUCUCACCCAUUGCAGUUAUGUCAAUGAAUGGCCUGUAUUCCUCAGCUGCAAUGAAAUGGUAACAUUUGAAACUAAGAAAUGCUAAAUAUUUUGUUUCUCGACAUUCCUGAUGAUGUCUGAUCUUUUUUCUUCAUUGUAUUUUAAGCUUACCUGUGAAUAGCCCAAUAAACAUGACAUACUGUGUUG